AUGUCAUCAAAGAAUAUUGACAUUGAAGAGAAUAUCUCAAAUGUGCGUGCACAGCCCAAGCAAUACAAUGUGUGGCAACACUUUGAGAAAAUUGUCAAUGAGACAACGGGCAUAGUAGACCGAACAAAGUGUUUGUAUUGUGCAAAGAUGUUGGUGUUUAAUGUGACGAAUGGAACUUCUUCUAUGCAUAAGCAUUUAUCCAGUUGUAAGAAACGCCUAAGCAAUGUAGAUAAAAGCCAAACACUUAUCUCAACUUUCAAGACCACAAACAAAGAAAGAGCAGAAAGUAGUAUGAUUAGCACUUGGAGAUUCAAUCAAGAAGUGUCUAGGCAGUUGCUUGCUGAAAUGAUUAUUAUUAUGGAAGAACCUUUUCGAAUGGUGGAGCAGCCACCAUUUAGGAGAUUUCUAAGUUCAUUGCAACCUUUGUGGUCUGAUAUUUCUCGCAACACAUUGGCUAUGGAUGUUGUGAAGCGUUUUGAUUCUGAGAAGGUUUUACUGAAAAAUAAAGUGUCCACUAUAAUAGUUGACAAUGCUAGCGCUAAUGACGUGGCAAUUGCUUACUUAAAGGGCAAAUUAGCGCUACUUUUGGAUGGCGAGUUCUUCCAUAUGAGAUGCACUGCUCAUAUUAUGAAUUUGAUUGUAAAGGAUGGUUUUAGUGAGACAAAGGAUUGUAUUAGCCGAAUUCGUAAUUCGGUUAAGUAUGUGAGGAGUUCCCCUACUAGAUCCGAAACAUUUCAAAGAUGUGUAAAAGAAGAAAGGAUUGCUUAUAAAGGUGGUGUGUGUCUUGAUGUUGCUACUAGAUGGAACUCCACCUAUUUGAUGUUAGAUGUUGCACUAAAAUUUAGGAAAGCUUUUCAGAGGUUGGAAGAUGAGGAUCCAAACUAUGUUAUAGAUUUGUCACAUGAUCCACCUUCUAACGAGGAUUGGGAAAAAGCAAAUGUAUUUGCUAAAUUCCUCAGAAAAUUUUAUGAAGCUACAAAUAAAAUGUUGAGGUCGAACUAUGUGACUUCUAACUCUUACUUUCAAGAGACAAUUGGUAUUGUACUUUGUUUGAAUGAAUGGGAGAAAGACACAAAUCCAGUACUUAACAACAUGUCAAUGAAAAUGAAAGAGAAGUUUGAUAAGUAUUAUGGAAGUGUUGAUAGAUCCAACAUGAUGGUAUUGAUUGCAGCAGUUUUAGAUCCUCAGUUUAAAAUAAAAUAUGUGGAGUGGGGGUACAAAAAGAUUUAUGGCAAUGAUUUUCAAAAGGUUGGGUUGAUGUAUGGAAAGUUGAGAGAUUUGUUACAACGGUUGUAUGAUUUUUAUGUGGAGGUUGUAUCAAGUUUCCAAGAAAGCCAAGUUUCCACUUCUUCCCAACCUACCGAAAUUGGUCAGUCUUCAGUUACUGGUGUGAGUUGUGAUGAUAGUGACUACGACCCCUCCUUAGACGAGUAUGAGGAGGAGAUGAAGAUAGAGGUUCAUGAUAUGACUAAAUCAGAGUUAGAAAUUUACCUUGAGGAGAAAUGUCUUCUCGUGAAGUCCAACUUGAACAUACUAGAUUGGUGGAAAGUAAAUGCUGUAACGUAUAAGGUUCUCUCGCAUAUGGCAAGAGAUGUGUUUGCCAUUCCGGUAUCUACAGUUGCUUCUGAGUCAGCUUUUAGUACAUCAGGUCGUGUACUUGAUCAAUUUUGGAGUUCUUUAAGUACACCUGUUGUGGAAGCAUUAGUUUGUACACAUGAUUGGUUGAGAUAUGCAUAUACCCCAGCUACUUUUGAGGAUUACUUAAUGGAUGCAGAAAGUUACGACUUAGAAAUUAAUGCUCAUGAUGCAAGCAAUUUGGAGCAUGGAGUAUGA